AUGUUCGUAUCAAUUUCCGUCUCGGAGUCUUUCCUUGGACAAGAGACACAUACAACCGUGCAUGGCUUGGUCGAGAGGUCUCUGGGAACCCGCACCGGUCCAACUUAUGGAAUCAGCGACAUUGGAAAACCAGAUGUCGAGUACGCACCCAAGAUGAUCGCCUUGGCAAGCCCAGUGAAUGAAGUCCAUGAGCUGAUCUCCGUCCCAUCGAUGAGCCGACCACAUUCUGCAACUUCGACUCUAGUCGCUCGAAAUGGAUUCUCCCGGGUCUUCGACGGAAGCUCAUCAGUCGUUGCAAUCACUUUGCUGGUUGUAAUCGCUGUGUGCGCAAUUGUCUUCAUGGCGGCGUGGUCUCUCCGAGAGGGUUCCAAAUGCAAACGACGAAAACGUCGGGUUGGGUUCGAUCACUUUGCUCAAUCCGAUGUCAGUUUGGCCGAGGACACCAGCCGCACACUGGACACAUUCCUCAUGAAAGAUGUGUAUCCUGAACGAAACACGCUUAUGCUCAGCCGCAGCCCGUCACCUCCCUUCAUAGGUGGCAUGGAUGGGGCCGAGUCCUUCGAAGGGAAUGACCAAAUUCAAGACGGCCGCGGCGAAACAGCGUCCUGUUCGGGUGCACAGGUCACUCCGACUCGCAAAAUCACCUGGACUCCACGACGCAGUCCCCUUUCUUCAAGCAUGUCGGCAGAUGAUGAGGACUUCGCAGAAGACGUGGACACUUCCCCAUCCAAGAAACCAUUCGGCGCCUUGACUACGCCUCGAUCCUUGCCGUAUAGGCCCAGAUCAUUGCAAUCCAUCUCAAUCCGAACGCCAACGACCCCUCCCACGAACAGAGCGCCACAGCUGCGGGUACCCAGUGCUUCUCGCGCUUCAAGUCCAGCGACGGUGCACAAAGAGGUUCCUCUGGGCAUCCACCUGAGCAAAAGCCAGCCAACCGUGGAAACGACCAAUGUGUCUACCCCGAGAACUGUGUCUCAAAACACAGUCAUUCACAUUAGCCCACCCCAUCCUGCAAAAUCAAGCUCUGCCUCCCCCGCCAAAUCAAUCCUCGGCCCAGGCUCUUUCUCCGUCGAAGUCAACUCGAACCCUGAACCGUCAAAGCAAGAUUGA